AAGACAACAGCGUGGAACGGGUCUCGAUGUGAUGUUUAGUGCCAACACAGGACGAACUUUAAACCUUCCAAUUUGUUUUUAUCUCGUGUUGUUGUAACAAGUCCUACAUUCGCAUUUAUUGGUGUGUGUGCGCCGGUGUAGUGAUAGAGUGAGCUUUCAUUGAAAACAAGAGGAUAUUAAAUCUUCUCACAGUUCUGAGUGACAUGUCUUCAGUAGACAUUUUACAAAAUUGGCACAAAUACAAGACUUUGAUCGCUGCAGGAGCGACGGCUUUUGCAGGGCUUGGGGCGCUGACCUAUUACUUUCUGAAGCCGAAGCUAAAGACGAUCCCCAGAGUUCCUGUAGACUUGAAUAAUCAAUCAGCAGCCAUUGAUGGCAAGCCAGAACAGCGCGGGUCUAGACUCUGUUUCCCUCCAGACUUCCUACAGUACGACUCACCCAACAAAGAUUGUGUCGUCAUCAGUGACGUCCUGUUCAGGGGCAGAAAGGUGACAAACAAUGGUCCCUGUUUGGGCGCCAGGACCGGCAAAGACAGAGCUUAUGAAUGGUUGACAUAUCAACAGGUGAUAGAUCAAGUAAUACAGUUUGGGUCAGGUCUUAUCUAUAAAGGGAGCAAACCUCAGAAUGAUACAUUCAUUGGGAUCUAUGCCACUAACAGACCAGAAUGGACCAUCGCUGACUAUGGCACUCAUUACUACUCUAUGGUUCCAGUCCCUCUCUAUGACACACUUGGGAUUGAUGCUUGCAAGCAUAUAAUCAACCAAUGUGAGAUGCAAGUAAUUGUAGUUGACACAGAAGCCAGGGUCAAGACUUUGAUAUCGCUUAAAUCGGAACUGCCGAUUUUGAAACUGAUUGUGAUGAUCGAGCCAAUGACAACAGAGUUGAAGAAAAAUGUGGAAGAGCAUGGCCUGGAGCUCUUGAGUUUUAAAGACAUUCUGGAACUUGGCAAAAGAAAUCCCCAGCCAGUUCAGAGACCAAAGCCAGAAGAUGUGUAUUCCAUCAUCUAUACUAGUGGCACCACAGGUGUUCCAAAAGGUGUGGUCGUGACUCAUGGAGGAUUCCUCACUAUGGUUAAAAGUAUCACUCACCACUUUAAACCAACCUUUGAGCCAGAGCCUGGUGAGGUUUACUUGUCCUAUCUGCCACUAGCACACAACUUUGAUAGGACAGCACAUAUUUAUCUGUUCAUGUUUGGAGGCCAGAUUGGCUAUUUCAGUCGGGAUGUCAAAUUAUUGUUAGAUGACAUCAUGACCUUAAAACCUAGCCUCUUUGCCACAGUGCCACGUGUGUUAAACAGAGUUUAUGAUGCUAUAAUGUCUGAGGUAAAAUCAUCUUUUAUUAAGUCAACUCUCUUGCGGUGGGCACUUGCUAGCAAGAAGAAAGAGAUUGAUAACUUUAUCUACAGAAAAAACAGUUUCUGGGACAGACUAGUUUUACAUAAAAUUCAGAAUAAGCUCGGUGGAAGGAUUCGUCUGGUGGUCACUGGAUCAGCACCUCUGUCAGUGGAAGUUCUUAACUUUGUACGGUGUGCCUUAAGUUGUGUGGUAGUUGAAGCCUAUGGUCAGACAGAGUCAGGCGCUGGCUUGUCUUCAAGUUUUCCUGCUGAUCCCAUACCAGGUAGCGUGGGCCCUCCACUUCCUGGUUGUCACAUUAAACUUGUGGACAUUCCUGAAAUGAACUAUUAUGUUAAAGACAAUGUUGGAGAGAUUUGUGCCAAGGCAGACUUUAUAAUGAAAGGCUAUUACAAAGAACCUGUCCUGACAGCAGAGGCAUUAGAUGAAGAUGGUUGGCUUCACACAGGAGAUGUUGGUACUUGGUUACCGAAUGGUACUUUAAAAAUUGUGGAUAGAAAAAAAAAUAUUUUCAAACUCUCUCAGGGAGAGUACAUUGCUACAGAGAAGAUAGAAAAUAUAUACCAAAGAAGUUCCUUUGUUGCACAGACUUUUGUUGAUGGAAACAGUUUGAAGCCUUGCUUGAUGGCCAUUGUUGUCCCUGACCAGAUAUUUCUCAACAAGUGGACACAACAAAACAAAGAGUACCCAUCUGAUUUGAAAGAAUUCUGUCAGAAGAAGGAGGCCAAAGAUCUGGUUCUAAAGGAUAUUCUGGAGCAAGGUAGAAUAGCUGAACUCAAGGGAUUUGAACAGGUAAAAGACAUUUAUUUAGAGUGGGAUCCAUUCACAGUGGAAAAUGACCUUCUGACCCCAACUUUCAAAAACAGGAGACCCACUCUGAGGAAAAAGUAUCAACCAAUUAUCGAUGAGCUGUAUAAGAAAAAUGGCUUGUGAAAGAAAUCGAAGAGUUAUAGGGUAUUCAAGUGGUUGACAACUCUGUUGAAUAAUUAGGCCUACAUCUAGAGUAGCUCAACUUGUUAAAUAAUUGAAGUCUUUCAUUUUAUGUAUGUACUCACCAUUAUGUAGCCAUAUGUCUAUAUUUUUAUCCAUAAGUUCGUCCAUUGUAUGAUUUUGUUAUACGAAUGGAUUAAAGCCAGAGAAAUGGAUCUACAAGCAGAGCAAUAAAUCUAUUCUUUUCAAAAACUGUGUAGUCUCAAAAGAGUGAGUCAAAGGAGCAAAAGAUCUACUCGCAUUGGAGAAAAUUCCAUGAUUAAAAUUGGAUUGAUUCGUUUCUUUCUUCACCAAACAUUCCAUUUUUUAAAAACUUGUACAUUAUCAAACACUGAAUUAUUGACAUGGACUUGCAUUGAAUGUAGGUAAUGGAAUACUUAUGUUGCCAAACGACAUAAAAGCUGGGCAUUUUAUUUAUCUGUCUGUACAUUUUGUGUGUGUUUAAUGUAUAACUAUGUUUGUCCUAGUCUUACGCAGGAGUAAUAGCUUUAUUUUCAAUUGCAUUCAAUAAAAAAAAACGCAAUAAAACACUAACAGAUACAGAUAAAGGCACAUUUGUGAUUCCUAAGUUUGUACAAGUGCUCCUUCCCUAGUGCCAUUAGAGUCAGAGGCAUUGUGAGGGGGGGGGGGGGGCACGAGCCUCAGGGAGACUCCUAUAUAUGUUCAUGGUAAAUGGGGGGGGGGGGGGGUCGCCAAUAAAGUACCUUACUCGGGCGCACGAUUUUCUCACGCCUCUGAUUAGAGCAUGGAAAGUGUUGACUGAAUCUACCAGGAAAACCAAUGCCAUAGCAUAUUUGAUUAGAUUAACAGAUGGAUACGAGUAGGAAAUGAUAAUAUUCCUCAUGGAACGAACGUCUCUAAUGUAUAAGAUAAGAUUCAGUUCACACGGAUAUUGUGCGUAUUAUAAACUUCCUAGAAAAUGUUCAGAUAAAAAGGUUCUAUGCAGCUAGAUGGGGUAAAGAAAACACAAUAGUAGUGGGUGCAUGAAGAUAUAAAAGCGAUGGAGAAGGGAGGUAACAAAGUAGGAACUCUGUAGUUACGUUUUUUUUUUUUUUAGAUAUAAAUGGAAUAUUUGUUUCUAAGUUAUAUCAAGGCCAGCCUUAGGCAAACUAGGCAUCCACAUGGCGCCUCCGAUUUUCGGGGCCUCUCACAGGUCUCGAAAUUCACUUCGCCCUUUGCCUUAUAUUAUCUAACGCCGGCCCUGGAUUGAACUUAAAUGUGUUUGACUCGAAAAUCGUGUAAUAAAUGUGCUAAAUAGAAUAGUGGAUGUAGUUUUAUAGGUCUGAUUGAAAUUUAGUGACUUGGCUUUUAACAUGGCAAGUAUAGGUCUUUUUUUUUUUUUAGAUAUUGAACGAUGAUUCCCAACUGACUCCAGAAAAUAUGAUUUGUAUAAUGUAAUAAUUCACUUGUGGUUUAGAAACAAAUGGAAACACUGGAUAAAGUAAAUGUGUUGACUACACGUAGAUCUAGACGUUUGUUGUACUUGAUAUGUGGCAUUAUAGGCCUAUGUCGGGAUAAAGUAUAUGCCCAUUUUGCAACUUCUCAAAUCAUGGAAACUUCCAGGGAUGGCAGGGUUGAACAUUUGUCAACUUCAGACGUUGCAGUUCUCAGCCUUUCUUCUUAUGUGUUCACCGUCUGUGAUCCAGUACCCCUCCUUUAAGCUAGCCCUCUACCUGGCCUUAUCCUGUGCUUUUUUUUAUUCUCCCAAAUGUGGGUUGUCGACUUUGAAGAGCUUGCUGACCGCACUGACAUACAUCAGUUGUAUCUUGAGAGAGGACGACCUGCAGCUUAUCUGCUCUCUGUUAAUGCUGUCUUUAAAUUCCUUUUCAUUCCAAAAUUUUUUUGUCUUCAUUGUUCAAUGUCCAAUACAACUCAAUGUUGGAUAAAAACAAGAGUAAAAACAAUGAUGCGUAAACUACGACUUAAUGGUCACAUUCUGCCCGUGACGAAGUGGUAUCCAACCCGUGACACAGUGCUUCCGGCCCGUGACGCAGUGCUAUCCUACCCGUGACUCAGUGCCACCCGGCCCAUUCAAAUUUCGGCACCCAGUAGAUCAUAAAGCCUCAAGAGUAUUACCUUCAUCGGACUCCAUGAUGUUCGGCGGCGUUGAUGCGGUCCGUGACAUAAUGUAUCUGAAACUUAAAUGGCUAUCUGGCUGAAAAGGGUUGGGCACCACUGAGUUAAAUGUUCCCAUUCCAUGAUAAUACUUAAUACACAUAGAUGUUUGCUUCCUAGGAACAAACAAGUUGUCUCUCAAUGACGUUGAUGAGGGCUCGCUCUUAUAUUAAUACGCAAAUGAUAAUUUACUAUAUUUGUAUUUUGUUCUAUUGUACAGUAUGUCUGUAAUGUACAUAGAUAUGAAACUCUUGUAUCUGGUGUGAGCGGCAUUAUUGUGAUGCAUUGUAUUAUCUGGAUAUGUAGAUAAAUGAACAUAACAGUUAGCCAUUGCGUUUUCUUUUUAAUUUGUGUAAUAACGUGCAUAGAAAGCCUAAAGGUUAUAUAUUAUAAUGUCCAAUGUAUAGUCUCACAUCAAGUCUAUCUCGAUCUUUACAAUUUGUUUUUGUUUUUAACAGAAGUUGUUGUGAAGUGACUUUUAUUAUAAUUCCGUAUUUUUAAAUUCUAUUUUGAAAUGUAUAGAACUCUAUCACCUAUUUUUUGCGUGUUUCUACACAUGCCAAUAAAAUAACAAUAUAAACUAGCCUCAAUGA